AUGUCGAAGAAGUCAGCCUCGCUGCCGCCGGCGCUCAAGACGCUCCUCAAGCAGCCCACGUUCCCUGCGCGGCCCUCGCAGCUGCGGCCCGGCGUGACGCUGGCGCCCGGCCGGAGCGCAGACCCGCUGCCGGCGCCGUCGGACCCCGCGCGGCUGCAGCGGCACUUUGCAGGGCUCGAGAGCGACGCCGCGGCUCGCGGUCUCGGCUGGGGCGAGUGGCUGAGCCUCUCGACGGCGACGCUCCUCACGCUCAACUCGCCCUCUUCGCUCCAAGCGCUGCAUCGACAUGCCAUGAGUGGCGCGUCUGGCGCGCAUGAGCGGCUCGACCGCGCGCUCCUCAUGCGUGAAACAGGCCUCAAGUGCAUCGGUUUCAUCGGUAUUCCCAAGGUCAUCAACAACCUCGCUGCCCUCCGGUCUGCCGUCGAUGCCGCCGGGCCCGAUGACUCGCUGGCGCGCGCGCUCACAGAGACGCAGCCGCGCCGCAAGCUCGGCAACAAUGACGGCGGCAAGACGCUGGCACGAGUGCACAGCGCCGCCUACGAGCUGUGGGACGACAUCUACCAGCCGCACUCGGACAAGCUGCUCAAGAUCCUCGGCCACUCGCACCCUGACCUGCCCGUCUUUAUCGUCGAAGGCGAAUACGGCCCGUUGUUCAGCAUGCCCCACCGCUUCAACCCAGAAGUGGCAGGGCACGAGGAGCCAAGCUGGGAGGUGAACCGGCUACGGACGAGCCUCGUCGCUAUUGCUGCACUCCGGGCCCAGGGCGGCGUCGGGCCCCAGGUGACGAGCCACGUGUGGGGCUUGCUCAAGGCGAAAAAGAGCAUCGCCGCCGACGACGCGCACCGCGCCGGGCUCGAGUGGCUCUGCUCCGAGGAAGGCUCCUUGUGGGCCGUGAGGGCCGUCGAUGGCGUGAGUAGUUCCCUCUGA